AUGCACCCUCCACGUCCAGCUGUUGUCACUCCGGAACCAAGGCCAGCGACGCCAGUAUUACCAAAUUUUGUGUUCCCGGAACUAAAACAAAGACAGCCCGACGCUGCAUGGGAAAUUCCUGCGUUGCCACUGCGUAAGAGAAUAGUCCCACUAGUCGCCGCAACACCUUCACCAGAUGGAAGGGACAUCUCACCACCAGUGCACACUGCACUCCGGCCACCACGCAACAAAACCAAACCUCCAGCACCGCUUCCGCCUUCACCGACAACAAAGCUAAGAAAGCCCCCCCCCCCCCCGGUCGCGGCACCAGUCCCCAGGCAUCCGCCAGCAGUAGCAUCAUUUGCGGAUCCACCAGCGCGCACUGCAGCAUUCCCGCCAUCGCCACUGUCACCAAUACCAACAGAUGCGACACAGCGCCCACCACUGCCACCUACUGUCGACCCAGAGCCAAGGCGAAGUGCACCAGAUCCACCACCCUCCGCUGAAGUCCCCCCCCCCUCAAUCAGUACCCCCCCUCCAGGACCUCCACUACUGCCUGCUUUGCAUAUAACUACGCCACCACCAAGGUCACCGUCGCCACCGCAAACCUGGAGUUCCCCACCUGAGCUGCUGAGACCGGCCAUAAAGCGCAAUCCCCCUCCAUUUGCCGCAUUCACCAAGACGCCCCCCCCUGGUCCAGCUGCCAGAGCGAGCGCUCCUCCACUGAACGAUGAGCCGCCACCACUAAACUGUGAACAGCCCCCACCCAUGCCAGCUUGGUACAUCCCGCUUGCACCCGGGCCCGUCUGUGCACGGCCUGUGAUGGCGAGUAGGCGGCCACCAUCUCCUUGCUCAGACCCAGACCCGGAUCCAGCAGCUCCAGCGACCCCACCUCCAACCCCAGAUCCGAUACCUAGCUUGCCACCUUCAGUACCACUCCCGGCGCAUACACUAACUGCAGAACCCCCACUUCCACAGCCGACAAUACAUGCGCCACCACCAAGGCCACCGGACCCAGCGAGCGCAGCGAGCUUUCCACCUGCGCCAGAGCCAGACAUGCCUCGCCGCCCUCGCCCGCAACGACCUGCACCCCACCACCCUGGCAGCCGGCCCCGGCCACGCAGCCAACGCCCCCUCCGGUUGCCAAGCUCCCCGACUCCGCCAGAGAGCGCGAUGCUCCCGCCUCGACCGUCAUCGCUGCGAACCGCACCGCCGUCGAUCGCCACACUCCCACCGAAGGCCUCCGCUGCCCCAUCGCCACCGUUUAAGGAAAGUGAGCCACCUUCGCGUCCAGUCCCGGCACGGGUGCUAAUCUCACCAACGGUCCCGUCUGAACGUUCUGUAUCCAACAGCAACGCACCCGAAGAACCCCCUCCCCCCCCUGUCGCGAUGGCGACUGUCUGCUCUCCGUCUAUGGCGACUUCUCCUCCCAACGAUGACGUGCUCGUACCGCUCGCAAUAUCCAAAUUGCCACCGGCCACUGAUUUUCCAGACCCAGCAGAUAAAAUCAACCCCCCACCAUCCCGCCCUACGCCGGCACUCAGCGAUGUCAUACCACCAACGGCGCCACGUCCAAGCGAUUCACCAGCAGAGAUCUCGGUAUGA